GCCAAGUAUAGCCCGAUCAAUGUAUCUGGCUACAACGAACCGGACUUUAGCGAUCGAUCGGAUCGACGACGACCAUGAGGUACUACGAGCUGGCCACGAAGACUGCUCUUCUUCUUAGCCUUGUGGUCGUCGGCGCCGCCGCCGCCGCCGGCAGCAUCCCGCCGAGUAACGACAUCCUGCGCCAGGUCCCGGCGGCGGUGUACGUGUUCGGCGACUCGACGCUGGACGUCGGCAACAACAACUAUUUGCCGGGGAAGAACGUUCCCAGGGCAGACAUGCCCUACUACGGCAUCGACAUGCCGGGCUCCGGCAAACCAAACGGAAGGUUCAGCAACGGCGACAACACCGCCGACUUCGUCGCGAAGAGCAUGGGUUUGGAGAGUAGCCCUCCGCCGUAUCUGUCGUUGGCGUCAAGUUCCGACCAACUGGUCCAGACCGCUCUCGCCGCCGGUGUGAGCUAUGCGUCGGCAGGAGCUGGCAUCCUGGACUCCACGAACGAAGGCAACAACAUCCCAUUGUCGAGGCAGGUGAAGUACUUUAGAGCCACCUGGUCUAAGAUGGUCGCUAGCAAUGGCUCCGAGGCGGUGAGCGCCCUGCUCUCCAGGUCCGUCAUCCUCAUCGGCAUCGGCGGCAACGACAUAUCCGCGUUCGAGAACGCCGAGCAGGCGCGCAACAGGUCAGCCGCAGAGCGGCACGACGACGACGUCGCCGUGUUCUACGGCAGCCUCAUCUCCGUCUACUCGGCCACCAUCACGGAGCUGUACAGGAUGGGGGCCAGGAAGUUCGCCAUCAUCAACGUGGGGCUAGCCGGUUGCCUGCCUGUUGCACGGGUGCUCAGCGCGGCGGGGGCGUGCUCGGACAGUCGGAACAAGCUCGCCGCCGGCUUCAACGACGCGCUCCGGUCGCUGCUCGCCGGCGCAAGGCUGCCGGGCCUCGUCUACUCCCUCGCCGACUCCUACGGCAUCAUGGCCGCCAUCUUCGCCGACCCGCCGGCGUCGGGGUUCGCGGACGUCUCCGGCGCGUGCUGCGGCAGCGGGCGCCUGGGCGUAGGCGGCUGCCUGCCCACCUCCAGUGUCUGCGCCAAUCGUGACCAGCAUUACUUCUGGGACGGGAUCCACCCUUCUCAGCGAGCCGCGUUGAUAAGAGCACAGGCCUUCUACGACGGCCCAACACAGUACACGUACACCACGCCCAUCAAUUUUAAGGAGCUGGUUUGGAGUACGCACGUAGUAGUUGCGACGGGAAACACAAAUCAAACCGUACCGUGGAAAUAG